AUGCAUAAUACUCAUAAGGGAACUGCAAUGUACAGUAUCAAAUCAUCAAAAAGUGAAUUCAUUUUCCAACAUACAAGUGAUAAGGGCAAGGGGAAAAGCAAUUUUGCAAAUAAGCAAAAUCUGAUCCCAGAUACGCAUCAAUAUACAGUGAACGUAACAGGUAUUAUCAUUUUAAUUCAUGGUUUAAAUUCACAUGUAAGAUUUUCAUUCCUAAGACACAACAUACAUAUAAUGGACAACGAGAAGGCCGUAUCGAAAGAUGGGAAAAAUUAUUGCAUUAACGAGGACAGCUAG